CUCGUUAAUAAGUUUAAUGCGCCAAGCUUUCUCCUACGCCCCCUCUCCCUCCCCCGGCUCCCAAAACCCCCUCAUCCCUUAUCCGUUUCCUCUGCUUCCAUGACCCAAGAAUUCUAGUAAUCAAAGAACAAGAAGAACAAGAAAAACCAGAAGAAGAAGGAAAGAGACGAUGGCGCUUCCCCUGCCAUCAGCCUCUCCAUUCCCUCCCUCUACCCCUUUUCCCUUCUAUCGGAGAUGCCGAGCCUUCUCCGUCUUCUGCGCCAUCUCCACGGCCGAGAGGAAAGGGCGGAGGAAGAAGGAUUCCUCCUCCUCCUCCUCUCCCUCUUCGUCUUCUCUUGGAGUCUCGGUGUCCGCUGUCGAGAGAGGCCUCAGGUUCACCUUCAUGCAGGAGCUGAUGGAGCGCGCCCGGAGUCGGGACCCCGCCGGCGUGUCGGACGUCAUCUACGACAUGAUCGCCGCCGGGCUCACCCCCGGCCCCCGCUCCUUCCACGGGCUCAUCGUCUCCCACACACUCUCCGGUGACGAGGAGGGCGCGAUGCAGUCAUUGAGAAGAGAGUUGAGUGCAGGCUUACGCCCUCUACAUGAAACAUUUGUUGCUUUGAUUCGUUUGUUGGGCUCCAAAGGUCAUGCAACAAGAGGUUUAGAAAUUCUUGCAGCAAUGGAAAAAUUAAAGUUCGGCAUUCGCAAGGCUUGGCUAAUUCUUGUUGAGGAGCUAGUUAAAAAUCAUCAUCUGGAUGAUGCCAAUACGGUAUUUCUGAAAGGAGCUCAAGGAGGAUUAAGGGCUACUGAUGAACUGUAUGAUCUAUUAAUUGAAGAAGACUGUAAAGCUGGGGACCAUUCAAAUGCUCUGACCAUUGCAUACGAAAUGGAGGCUGCUGGAAGAAUGGCAACAACAUUUCAUUUUAACUGUCUUCUUAGUGUUCAGGCUACUUGUGGAAUACCAGAAGUAGCUUUUGCGACAUUUGAAAACAUGGAAUAUGGAGGUGAAGAGUACAUGAAACCUGAUACUGAGACAUAUAAUUGGGUGAUCCAGGCAUAUACUAGGGCUGAAUCCUAUGAUAGGGUACAGGAUGUAGCUGAAUUACUUGGAAUGAUGGUUGAAGAUCACAAGCGUUUGCAGCCUAAUGUGAAGACUUAUGCGUUGUUAGUGGAGUGUUUUACUAAAUAUUGCGUUGUAAGGGAAGCUAUCCGGCAUUUUCGUGCCCUUAAGAACUUCCCUGGAGGAACAAAGGUUUUAUACAAUGAAGGGAAUUUUGGAGAUCCCCUCUCACUGUAUCUUCGUGCUUUAUGCUGUGAAGGAAGAGCUGUCGAGUUGCUUGAAGCUUUAGAAGCAAUGGCUAAGGACAAUCAACCUAUUGCACCAAGAGCAAUGAUCUUGAGCAGAAAAUAUCGAACAUUAGUUAGCUCCUGGAUAGAACCUUUACAAGAAGAAGCUGAUGUGGGAUUUGAAAUUGAUUAUGUUGCCAGGUAUAUAGCAGAAGGUGGGCUUACAGGAGAACGCAAGCGGUGGGUGCCACGUAGAGGGAAAGCCCCUCUGGAUCCUGAUGCUGUUGGGUUUGCCUAUUCAAACCCAAUGGAAACAUCUUUUAAGCAGCGUUGUCUGGAGGAAUAUAGGCUUUAUCAUCGUAAACUCCUGAAAACCUUGCAGAAUGAAGGACCUGCAGCUUUAGGUGAUGUGUCUGAAACUGAUUUACUUAGAGUGGUGGAGAGACUGAAAAAGAUCAUUAAGGGGCCUGAACAGAAUGUGUUAAAACCGAAAGCUGCAAGUAAAAUGAUAGUCUCUGAGUUAAAGGAGGAGCUAGAAGCACAAGGUUUGCCUACAGAUGGAACUAGACAAGUACUAUACCAACGAGUGCAAAAGGCAAGAAGGAUAAAUCGUUCACGUGGCCGGCCACUUUGGGUACCUCCUGUGGAAGAGGAAGAAGAAGAGGUUGAUGAAGAGGUAGAUGAAUUGAUAUCACGGAUUAAGCUGGAAGAAGGAAAUACAGAGUUUUGGAAACAUCGUUUUCUUGGUGAAAGCUAUAAUGAUGUUCCUGACAAGGACAUUGAAUCAGAAGAUCCUAAUCCUCCUGAUAUGUUGGACGAAGUUGAUGCUGUGGAGGAUGUCACAAUAGAAACUGAGGAAGAUGAGGUAGAUGACGAGGAGGAAGUUGUUGAGCAGACAGAAAGUCAAGCAGGUGAUCUGAUCAAGGAAAAGGAAGUUGAGAGAGCUAAGCCUCUUCAAAUGAUUGGAGUUCAAUUGUUGAAGGAUUCUGAUGAAACAACUACUUCUUCAAGAAAAUUAAGAAGAAAAGCCACCAGAGCAUCUGUUGAGGAUGAUGAUGAUGAAGACUGGUUUCCAGAAGAUCUAAACGAAGCAUUUAAAGUCAUGAGAGAGAGGAAGAUUUUUGAUGUACAAGAUAUGUUUACAAUAGCUGAUGCUUGGGGGUGGACUUGGGAGAGGGAAUUGAAGAAUAAAAUGCCUCGCAGAUGGUCACAAGAAUGGGAAGUUGAGUUAGCAAUCAAAAUCAUGCAUAAGGUGAUUGAAUUAGGUGGGAAACCAACUAUUGGAGAUUGUGCGAUGAUAUUGCGUGCUGCUAUAAGAGCUCUCCCUUCAGCUUUUCUAACAAUCUUGCACACAACGCAUAGUCUUGGUUAUGUUUUUGGGAGCCCAUUAUAUGAUGAAGUCAUCUUGCUUUGUCUUGAUCUUGGCGAAAUCCAUGCAGCCAUUGCAAUUGUUGCGGACAUGGAGACCACUGGAAUCAAGGUUCCAGACCAGACCCUAGACAAGGUGCUCUCUUCCAGACAGACCGUCGAUUCUAUCAACGAAGAGUCAUAUGUGCAAGAGUAGUUCUUACAGAAGACCCAUAGCAAGCCAUUAUAGCUCUACAAUCCAGGAUAUAUUACAAGCAAAGCAUACUUGUUACAUUCUUCCCUACAGCUCAAAUCGCAAGUCUGUCGCUCGACUGGCUCUUGCUGAUUGGCACCCAGUUGUGGGUGGCUUUGAGUUUAGAUGGUUACUGAAGGUAAGUGAACUGAACCUCAUGGGUCGCCUCGGCAUUUGCACUUUGGAUUGAAGAUGCUUUGGUCCCUGUAAGUAGGGCGUUGUUAGAUUCCUGGUGAUUGUGAAAUUAUGAUGUGUCAUGUUCGCUUUUACAGUGAGACUGCAUUUUGUAAGAUAUGCGUGAGGGCUAGGCGCUUGUUCCGUCGUACAGGCCCUAGGUUUAUAUAUGAAAAUGGGAUGUCACAUUG